AGUCACUUUUUUCAGUACCAUUGUAACUCUGAAUGGUCUCUAAAAGAAUGUAAGUAAAGGACUACCUGUAUGGAGAUGGCAAAUUAUAGCAGACUAUUUAGCAAUAUUAUGUGUAAGACAUGUUUCUAUGACUUAAUAGACAACAUAUUUAAAUGAUGUUUUUGCCCCUUUUGUAAACCGGAGCUGCUGGGUAAGCAAAUAGUCUUAGAAAUUGAGUAAGUAAUCAUUUAAAGAAAGAAGUCAUUUAUGCAUCCUUAGAAUUCAACUGUUAUUGGAAUGAUAUUGUAAUAAGAGUAGUAUAAAAGAUGAAUAGCAUUUAUGUUUGAAAAGACCCACAUCAGUAGAUGUGGAUGAAAGAUUUUUUUUUUUGAAAAUACAUCUCUGCUGUUGUCAGAAUUUCACAAUAUGGCAAAGAAAAUGUUCAGAUUAUUUUCCAAGUCUCCAAAAAUUAGAGAUGAGACUAGAGCCCAAAUCCAAUAACUGAUUAGUUUCAUAUCAGCUUGUCCUUCCAGAUUCGAUCCAUGUUUGUCUCUUUAGUUUUAGUAACUUUGGUGGCUCUAAAUAAACUAUGAGAGAGUCCUCUCUCACCAUAGUAAGACACUAUGAUUUGGAAGUUUGGGAAGAGUUGAGCAAAGAAAGCGCAGUUGGGCUUCCUUAAAUAUUGAACAGAGGGAGAUACAACUGAUCUGGUUCUUGUAACAUCCCACAGUGCAGGUAAGUCCUAACUUACAACCAUUUGUUUGGUGACAAGUUACAACAGCACUGAAAAAACUAACUGAUUUUUCACACUUGCAAGCAUUACAGCAUCCCCAUGGUAACAUGAUCAAAAUUCAGAUGCUUGGCAAACUAGCUCAUGACAAUUUCAGUGUGUCAUGUGAUACUUUUUGCAACCUUCUCACAAGCAAAGCCAAUGGGAAGCCAGAUUCACUUAACCAUAUUCUAACAACAAUUGCAGUCACACACUUAACACUUGUGGCAAGAAAUGUAAUAAAUGGGACAAAAAUUAACUAUCUUAGCAAUGGAAAUUUUGAACUUAGUUGUGAUCAAAAGUCCACUCGCUGUAUGCCUCUCUAUAGGAGCCACUGAUAGUACUGAAUAAUUUUGGGGCCAACCAUGUACCUAAUUGUCAUGCCAUCCAGCCCAUACUUAAUUAGCCUGCUAGUUAAUGUGAUAUGGAGCACUUUAUUAAACAUUUUGUUUCACUCAAAGUAUAUUUUUAAGAUUAUCACAACCUAGCAAGGAAUCUACCAAUCAAAAAAAUGAACUUGGGUUAUGCUGGCAAGAUUUGAUCUGAUUAAUUCCCAUUGACGUCGUAAUUGUUGCAUUGUUUUAAAAGAGCCUAGGAUGGAUCUCUUUAUCCCCUCUGAGAUCUUCCCAAAUAUCAAUGUCAGGUUGACAAUUGCAUAGUUUGCUUUUCCUCUUUGAAGAUAGGAGCCAUUAUGUUCUCAUAAAGGUAAGAUAGCCCUAAAUUUAACAUGCCUGCCAAAGGAAAUACAGGGGGGAGGGUCAGAUUUUUGUCAAUCUAGGGAUGCUAGUUGUAGCUGAAAUUACUCUUGGAAAUUUACCGUUACCCAACAAAGUGUGUGACUACCUUUUAUGUAUGUAUGUAUAGCUAGUUUUUGAGUAAUGAAACAUACACAUUAUGAUUGAAAAUGGUGACAGCUAUUAAACGAGAUAGCCUCACAUAACACCCCCACAUCCUUGCUCUUCCUGCUACGGCCAUUAAAUGAACAUGUAGUCUGUUAAGCAGUGCAUGGGGUGCCUUGGGUGGGGAAUAGCCCCUGAAGACUUAGUGCAAACGUGGGCCUCCAAGACCCCCUCCAGAUCCCAAGACAUCUGUGCUACACUUCUUGAAUCAUUGCAGCCUUUUCCUCCCCCAACGUUCCCCAUAGGCUUUUUCACCUUCCACCAGGUCCCAUGUACCUUAGAACCUAAUCACACCAAGACUCCACACCUUUCUCCUCACUUUUUUGAAGAUCUCCAGUGUUCAUGUUGGGGAAUGAGGGCAACCAACCUGUACCUGGGCCACGUGAUUGCUUCCUGGAAGUAGCCAUCAUUUUCAAGCAGCUCGCAAUUCCUAACACAGCAAAUGGAAUGGUUCAUCUAUGAGCUGUGUAGCAGCCUACUGGCACCAGACACCAUUUUGAGUCCCCCGCUUUUGGGUCACUGCCCGUGGGCAAGGAAAAUUGUGUUUUGCUGUCUUAAGAAAGCUGCUGCAGCACUGUGCAGACCACAUAAGACAGCAAACUGGAAUGGUUUGUUCUGGCUGGCUGGCUGGCUAACCCAAGAUCCCCCAGCUGGCUUCAUGUCUUAAGAGGAGGACUAGCACUCCUGUUCUUACAUGCUAGAAGAGAGUGGGAUUUACUCUCAUUUUAAAUACUAGUGGCAUGCCCUAUCAUUGUUGAAGCGAGUAGUCUUGGUGAUUCCCUUUACAGACUAACAGAAUUGAAAGGGUCUUGAAGGUCUUCUAGUCCAAGAUACCCAACUCCUUGCCACAGCCCACUACGGGCCAUUCCUAUUUGGAACUGGGCUAUGGUGAGUGGCUAGGCAGCGCAUGUGUGCACACAGCUCAAAUUGUACAAGUGGUGGGCGGAUCGACAUUCCAUAUGUGUGUGGCCUGCCACUGCACAAGUUGGGCUGUGUAUGCACAUGCGCACUGGCCUGCCACUCGGCCCCAGUCCCACCACACCACCACCAGCCAGGCCACCAAGCCACAAAGGUUGGGGACUGCUCUUCUAGUCCAAUUCAUGUAGUACAAGUCUCUCCCAUCAGCUGGCAACUAAUUGGGAGAAAGAUAAAUUUGUUUUUGCUAAUAUCUUUAAUAAAUCUUUGCCUACUUUCUUUAGAGGAGUGACACCAAUCUAAAAUUAUUUAGGAGUUAAUAUGGAAAACAAGUUGGAUUUGGAUUUGGAUUUUACUUUAUUUAUAUGCCGCCCUUUUCCCUGAGGGGACUCAGGGCGGCUCACAAUCCAGGGGGAGGGAAGUACAAGACAAGUACACACAGUUGUUGGACACAGUACAUCCAGUUGUUAAAUUGAUUAUAUAUGGAUUAUUUUUUUGGCUCAAAUGCCAGCUUUUCACAAUUGUUACACAGUCUUAAUAUAAAGGCUUGAUGCUAAUUUUUUUAAUAAGGCAAAACUAAACUGGUAUUAAAAUAACAUUUCUAAUUAACAAUCUUAGAAACUGAAAAGGUUUGUCAAUCACUGCUUGUUCUUAAUUAUAAUGUAAGCAACUUUUAAUUUUACUGUGGAAAGUCAUUAAACAAUUUCUAGAUUGAACUAUAUCUUUAAAAUGGUAUAUUAAUGGUGCGGUUUUUUUUUAGGUUUUGUAGGAGGAUGUUAAUUUAAUCUGAUAGAUUUGAUCUCUGUGGCCAAUGCUACAUUUAAUUACUUAUUUUUGGUUACAUGUUUUAGAGAAAGUUGGAAAACCAACACAAUAUUGAGACAUUAUUUCUAAAGUUAUUGUCCUUUUUUCUCUAUAAAUGGUUUGUGACAUAAAUAAUCAAUUUUAUAUGUAAUUAGCUGACAAAUUUAUUGUAUCAAAAUACUGGAAAGUUAAAAUAAGUUUUUUUGAAUCAAUAUUUAAAAGUGUCAGAAUAAGAGAAGUUAACAAAGAAGAUAAUACUACAAAUAUAAAAAAUCAUUUAAGGACCAGGUUACUCACAUUUAAUGACCAUUUUUUAUCUAUUCACAAACAAUUCUUACUAGAUUAUCUCAUCUAUACAAAAAUAUUAACUAUAUGAAAAAAUCAUAUUUUCAAAGAUGAUACAUGUUACUCUGCCUUUUCCUAUUUAAAAUAUUUAUUAACAUAUCUAGAAGAUUAAGCAAUUUUACAUAGUGCUUUGCAAAAGCAUGCUUUGGCAUUGUAUCUGAACUGAACUAGCUUUGAAGUGAUAUUAAAUAUUUUUUAAUUAAUGAUUGCUUUUCUAAAUUGCAGUUAGUAUUUAUUAUUUCCAAAUGAAUAUAUAUUACAUGAAUGAUCUGUCCACUGGCAACUGUUGUGAAUAUUUUGUAUUCUUGUAUAAUUAAAGUACAAUAUUGUGUAUUCUGAAAUUGGAAUUUUUUACUAGCAUAACCUCAGAAUGAUUAGUAAAUCCAAAUGAGAACAAGAACAUUUGUUUUGUAUGGUGUUAAUAUGUACACUAAGCUCAUUGGAAAACAUUAUGAGAACCCCUAAAUCAAACAGUUUGCUUAUAAUGAAGUGUGAGACAUUUCUAAAUAUAGAGAUUGCUACCAGCUUCCUUGUAAUCCCAUUAGUUCAAGUGCUAAAUUUAAAAAAACGCUGCCAAGAAUUGUUUUUAAUGUCAGCUACCAGAUUUGUUCUAAACCAAUGUGAGACAUUUUUUCCCUGCCAGGUGUGAGAAAUUGAGAUUGUCUGGUUUGAACCAUAUGGACCUAUGAUUUAUAGUUUCUAUAAAAAUUUAUUUACAUAUACUUUUCCUAAAUGGAUUUGAAUUCCUGUAAAGGAAUUGUAGAUGACAGGAGCAAACUUUUAGUGGACUAUAAAGAUGCAGCUUAUAAUAUUAGCAAUUUAUUUGGAUAAGUUCUUCAUAAAAUAGGUUAAUUUAAACUGAAUUGGUGGUCACUAAAAAUAGUUAUUCUUUGUUACCAAAAUUGCUGUUUGAAAACUCUGAAGACAGACUUUUGUGAAAUCCUGAAAAUCCUAUGUGACUUAAAGACAUUUUUGCAGUUAUAGGGGGGCCUACUUUGCAUAACUGUUUUUAGAGAGUGCUAUGAUGCCAUGUGUUUUGCCUGGUUUAAUGAAGAUACUGAUAUCAGAACUGAUUUUUUUUUAAAGGAGAAUAUAGAAUGAUCUAGCAUUUCUAGACAUAAACUGAGAAUAGAGAAAUGAACACUAGAUAGUGGUAGAAGUAGUGAGGAGAUUUUCCUGGGAUGGCAUCCCUUUAGCUAUAGAUAGCAAACCUAAAGCUCCUUACAGAGAAACCUCUUACUAGCCAUUUUCCACAAAUGGUACAUACACCUCAAAGGUACUUAGUGAAAAUCCUUCAGAGGUAUUUAAUAGUGGAGUCAGCAGUCUCCCUCCUAUUCUUUGAAGCUUGUACAUAUAACCAGGUGGUGGCACAAAAAAGCAAAACGCAGAGAAAUACUGGAAGAUUUCCCCAGUGUUUUUACCUCAGCAAGCUCUGCUACUCCAAUUGAUUGCCAAGAUGUGUGAUAUGGGGGGACUUGAUAAUCUGAUCGCCAACCCAGCAUAUCUGCAGGCCAGGAAGUCUGGAGAUGUGGAUGCCAAGGAUAUGCAAAAGCGGCGCAAGAGCAUUAACCUACCUAAGGUUGAGGAAUGUGGAAUUAAGAGUUCAAUUUCUCCAGAAUAUGAGAACAUUUGUGAGCAGCAGCCCAUUGGCAAGAAAUUUUUCAAAGAAUACCUGAUGACUGAGCCUGAAUACCAGUUGGCCAAAAUUCUUGGAUGAAUUUUGGCUUGGGAGUUAUCAGAAGAUAGCAUCAAGAAUAGUCUCCUCGAGGGCACAUUCAACAUCUAUCUGAAGAAUGUUAGCAACACUUUGAAAUUUCUUAGUACGGACCUAUCCAAGUGCCAGUCAGCCUCCGCAAAUGAUUUUGAGAACCUCCUGCAGUUGGCCAGAGAGACAAAAGGCUUUCUUAAGGGAAACCCCUUUGAGGGCUUCCAGGCCAGUCCAUUCUAUGAGAAAUUCUUGCAGUGGAAAAGCUAUGAGCGACAAACUAUAAAUGAUAAAUUCUUUGAAGAGUUCCGAACAUUAGGCAAGGGAGGCUUUGGCGAGGUUUGUGGUCAGGUGAAAUGUACCGGGAAGAUGUAUGCCUGCAAGAAGCUGGAAAAAAGAUUGAAGAAAAAAAAGGGUGAAAGCAUGGCUCUUCUUGAAAAGGAGAUACUUGAAAAAGUCAACAGUCGUUUCAUUGUCACGCUGGCCUAUGCUUUUCAAAGUACUGCUUUAUGUCUCGUCAUGAGCCUCAUGAAUGGUGGGGACCUUAGAUAUCACAUUUACAAUGUGGGAGAAAGAGGCUUGGAAAAGGAUAGAGUCAUGUUCUACUCAGCUCAGAUUAUCUGUGGGAUACUGCACCUCCACUCCAUCAAAAUUCUCUACAGGGACAUGAAGCGAAAUGUCCUUCUGGAUGAUAAUGGUCAUUGCCGAUUGUCUGAUCUUGGUUUGGCAGUAGAAGUCAAGGAAGGCAAAAAAUCACCAACAAGGUAAGCUGGAACUAAUGGAUACAUGGCUCCUGAAAUCUUAAAGGAGGAAAGUUACAGUUAUCCUGUAGAUUGGUUUGCUAUGGGGUGCAGUAUUUAUGAAAUGAUUGCUGGUCGAACACCAUUCAAGGAUUUCAAAGAAAAAGUUGAAAAAGAUGAAGUUAAAAAAAGAACCCUAAAUGACGAAGUGCAGUUCCAGCACCCUAAUUUUGAUGAACCAAUAAAAGAAAUCUGCAAACUCUUCUUGGCAAAGACUCCUGAAAGUCGUUUAGGAAGCAGGAAUGAUAAUGAUGAUCCCAGGAAACAUGAAUACUUCAAGUCAAUAAAUUUUCACAGGCUGGAGGCAGGUCUUAUUGAUCCUCCCUUUGUGCCAGAUCCAUCAGUCGUCUAUGCCAAAGAUGUUGCAGACAUUGCUGAUUUUUCUGAAGCUAAAGGAAUUGAGUUUGAUGACAAAGACAUUGAAUUCUUUAAGAAAUUUUCUACUGGUGCUAUCCCAAUACCCUGGCAAGAAGAAGUUAUUGAAACGGGACUCUUUGAAGACCUGAAUAAUCCCAACAGAGUAAUUGAAGUUGACUCCAAAUCUGGAAUUUGUUUACUCCUAUAAAUCUUAAAUUAAUAACAUAAAAGUGGGCAUUCAUAAUUGAAUCUUUCAAGAUUUCAAAGGCUCAGAGAAGUUUAACGAGCUGUCACUGACAUCAUGAAGGAAAGCUGAUUAAUCUGUCCUUUUCCGUGCUGGAAAUUUUAUGACAAAAUUUCAAGAUUCUUUUAUAAUAGCGAAAUAAUUUAAGAAAUUGUGAUGGUUUGUGGACAAACAAUCGUAGCUAUUAGGACAGAGCACUCUAUUUUGGACUAUCACUCUUUUAUUACAAUUCCAUAGUAACACAACCUCUUUACAAAAUGGACCCUAUUCUUACAAAGAACAAAAUUCAAAUUGAUUUCAGUGAUGUAGAGAACUCAGAACAUUUAUUUAAAGUGUUUUCAGGCACAGAACUAUUUAAAAAGCAGCAUGCAAUUCUUCAAUUUCUUUUCCUUAAGUUGAAAAUAAACUUUAGAACUGGUGGGGAAAAGUGGGAAGUUUACAAUAAAAGAGGAAAAUAUCUGGAUCUCAUAUAAAAUGAUGUGAAUAAGAUGGCAAUUACAUAAUAAAACACUCAUCUGGAAGAACUAGUUUAUCUGCAUUGUAGAUUUAGCAUUAAUUUAUCAAGGAUAUUUUUAAUACUGAUUUCAAUUUCCUAUCACAUUUCUUGAUAGGAUCUUUUCACAUUGAUGAAAACCAUAGUUUAAAUUAAACAACUUGAUCACACCAGUUUGUAACUGGUGUUUAAGUAGUCAAUACAAAUGGAAUAGAAAUGUUUAUUCAGUGAGCAGUGAAUUUAAUUCAAUUUGUUAACAAUGUUUACAAGUGCAUUAAAACUUUGCAAAAGAAUAUAGUUAUAGUUGUAUACCAUAAAUAUAAUCAUCUGGUUCUUAUAAAAUGCUUUGUGAAUGUCUCAUAUCCAAAAUCCAUUUCUGACAUUGUGAAACUAGCUUGUUCAGACCAAAGAAUGUGCAUUAAAAAUGUUGGAAUUCUUCAUUGAGUGUAAGCUAUCACACAAUAGCUUGCCUGAGAGUCCAUUUCCAUGUUUGCACUGGAAAUUAUUUAUAAAAGGAAAAGUUCACUCAAUUCACCCUCCCCAAUCUCUUAGUUUUUUUUUUUUUUAAUGGCCUCUCUGCAAAACAAAACAAAAAAUAAAAUAAGAUGAAAAGAGUUAGAUAUCUUGGGGGAAUUGAUGGCUGGAGAAUCUUCAGAGCUAUACUCUCAUGAACUUGAAACAAUAAAAUACCGGUAUAUCCAUAGUGACGUUUCAGAGUACUUUCCAACUUGUCUCCAAACUUAUUAUUGCCACUCUGUUUUGGCAACACAAACUUACUGAAAUAUUUCUGAUUCAAUACAACAAUUAAGUAAAAUAAAUACUUA